AUGACUUUAAAUCCAACUGCUCUUGACCAGGUCCUUGCACCUCUCGAUGUGGAUAUUAAUAAGAUUCAUGCAUUAGCCAAGAGUCUUUGUGAGACGUUCAAGACGUUGGCAAAGGAAUCUUCAAAUCAGUUUUUACCUACACCUAUUUCUGAAGACGUGUUGAGACCGGAUCAUGGAAAGGGAAGAUAUUUGGCGAUCGAUAUCGGAGGAUCAAAUCUGAGAGUGGGAUUUAUCGAGCUACUUGGCCCUUCUAUUCAAGAUGGUUUGGCAUUACCAGGCAAAAUUAAUAGGCUACUUGAGAAGUCAUGGCAAAUUGGUGAAGACCACAAAUACAACAACGCAGAUGAACUUUUUGUGUGGAUUGGAAAGUGUAUUGCGGAAGUUGUUCAGGAUGGAGUUGACGAAUGGAGCUCACAGCUACCUUCUGAGUUGCCAAUGGGUGUUACGAUGAGUUUCCCAAUGAUUCAAAACAAAUUAUCAGACGCAAUUUUGAUGUCCAUGGGCAAGGGUUUUGCAAUGACCUCAAAUCUCAACCUUGGCGAGCAGCUCCUCAAAGGCUACGAAAUAUCAAUUGCAACCUUGCCUCAUCUUCCCCGCAUCAAAAUAACUGCCAUAGUAAAUGAUGCCGUUGCAAGCCUAGUGUCCUUCCACCGACAGAAACGUACGCCGAAUCAGAAGGUGGCCAUGGGUCUAAUCGUCGGCACUGGUUGUAAUGCCACUAUUCCCCUGUCAUUCUCUAAACUUCAUGUCACAAAAUAUCCAUCCCACACCCUUAACACUAUUGAGAGCAAACAGAAAGACACCAAGAUCAUAAUUAACACUGAAUGGUCCAUCAAUGGCACAGCUCCCCCUAUUCACGCCCUGAACUUCAUCACAAAAUGGGACAAGAUUCUCGACACCAACAGCGAAACUCCAGGUUUCAUGCCCUUCGAAUACAUGACCGGCGGCAAAUACCUCGGCGAACUAGGCCGUCUUAUUAUCCUGGAAUAUUUUACAACCCAACUCCAGCUACCAUCCGAGACCCUUCCCACAGUUCUCCGCAAACGAAAUGCUCUCGAUGCAAGUAUCCUAGCUAAAGUAGGAAGAGAAGAUCGGCUAUGCGAACCACUCGAUCUCGCCAUGCCGUUCCCUAUAGAUCAAACUAGCGGGAAACCCCAUACCUGGACUCCGGAAUUAGCAAAUGUAGUUGUAAUCGUAGCAAAGAAGAUCGAGAAGCGUGCAGCGGGCAUGGUAGCUGCUGCCAUCAUCGGUCUUCUCGCAGCAGCGGACGAACUCCAUUUCUCGCCACCUUCCAACGACGCUUCAAGAACAACAAAUCCCAACCAAACGAUUCCCAUCCACGCCUCAGAAAACGUAACAGAACUCUUCGUAGGCUACACAGGCUCUUGUAUCUCCCACUUCCAAGACUAUCUUGAAGAUUGCCAGAUGUAUCUCGAUGGUAUCAUGCACAAGGAAUUCGGUCCCGAUAAAGGCGGCAAGAAAAUCGUACUAGAAGGGUGUAUGUAUGGAAGUAUUAUCGGAGCGGGUAUCUUGGCAGGAACGGUAGAGUGUAUGGAAGAAAGGCAACUUUUGGUCGAGGAAUCGGUUGCGGAUUUGGUGGGUUGA